AUGCUGAGUAACAGAGUUCCGAUGAGGCAGCCCGUGAUAGUUGAUACAAUUUUUGAUUAUAAGAAUCUGAGUCAAAAGGGAUUGGUCAAUAUCUCAAAGGACGCUUACGAAGCCUUAUCGACGACAGAUAUCGAAGAUAAGAGUAUCAAUGAGAGAUAUAUCGCGGCCAAGCUAUUGGGCUCCACAGCUGUUGAAGGUUUCAGAAUAUAUAAAGUCGAUAAAGUUAUAGAAGGGAUAGGAAAUUCAACCAUAAUAUUGCCUGCAGAUGAAAUAUUCCAUUCUAGAGAUCAAAAAGGGUCUCAUAAUAUCACCAUUAGUAAAGCAUUGUUAUAUGAUAUUCAAGUGAUCGAAAUUGAGCACAUAGUUGUUUCUAUUAGUGAUGAGAAUGCAUAUAGUUUUUUAAAAUCGAAAGGCGAUGAUUACUCUGCUUUAUUUGGGACUGAUACCGGAUCAAACAGACUUAUACAUCAGCAUGAUUUGAUACAAUUGAGCAAGUACCAUAAGAAAGUGUCAGGAAAAGUACUUUUCGUUGAGCCAUUGAGUCAAGGUAUUUUAACGAAGAAUUCUAAAAUAACUCUAGUAUUUGAUAAAAAUCAAGAAAUAGAAAAACCUGUCAGCCAAGUUGCGGAAAUCGCAAAGAAAGGGCAGGAUAAGAUGAAUCUCUUGGAUGAGUUAAAUCGCAAUGCAUUAUCUAUUGAUGAGUAUCUUUCAAAAACCUUAGCUCUCGAAGAAAAAUUGGAUCUACUGUCGAGAAAAGAGGAGGUUAAGGAUUUGAUACUAACGGCUCAACCAAUGACUUUCAAACAUACGCAUUUCACUCCAAUUCCUAAUCCAAAGGAGGAUCCAGAAAUCUUUGCAUUUACCAAAUUUGAUAACUUAGUAAAGUUGAAUUAUUUUAGUGGUGACUAUGCCAAGCUCAAGAUCAAUUGCCAAGAUGGGAAGCAAAUUGAACGAAAAGUUAAAUUGUUCGCCUUGGUUGAACCUAAUAAUUUUGAUAAUGAAUCAUUGUAUAUCUCUCCAAUAUUAUACAUGAAUCUUGGAUCACCACAAUCGAUUAAUUUAUUCAAUAAGCUUUGCGGGGUUAAAGUAUCAAAUGAUGUGGAACGAGAAUUCAAAUUAGCCAGACAAGUCACAAUUGCCCGAAUUGCUUCCCCAGUAAGUUUAAAUCGAACUUACCAACAGACAUUUCUCUUGAACUUGAAAGAUUAUUUUGAAUCCAGUCUCAGAAUUAUUAAUAAGAAUUCCAUUAUCGCCAUACCUAUUGACACAUUAUUAGCGAAAAGUUUAUUUUCCGCAUAUGGGAGCUCUAAUUACCCAUCGGUCAUUCCAAAAGGUACACCAAAUGAGAUAGUAUGGUUCAUGAUUACCGAAAUUAUUUCUGAGGAUGAUAGUGUUGCCAGUAGUCAAGAACAAUACUUGCUUAAUCAUGCGAAAACUAGAAUGGUUCAAUUGGGAGUAAUUAAAGAUUUCAAAAUUCCCAAGAUUAGCAACGAGUCCAUGAAUUAUUAUAAAUAUCUUUCAAUGAAGCCAUUUUUCAAGUUCUCAGAAGUAAUUGAGAAAAAAAGGGACGAAGAGAGGGAUGGCAAUUUGAAGUUAUUCAGUUUUGCCGAGAAAUUAAAGAAUCUCAUAAGCACCUCAUUGUUGAACAAUUUCGAUGGAAGUCUACAAAUGAACACAUGCGUCUUAUUGCAUUCAUUAACCAGAAAUGUUGGAAAAUCAACCAUAGUAAAGAACUUAUCACUAGAAUUGGGUAUAAAUUUUAUUGAACUAGACGGGUACGAUUUGGUUCAAGCACCAGGAUUUGAUUUGAAGGUGAUUGGUACGAUAUACGGGAAAUUGGAAUCGACAAUUAAGAACUGCAAAUCGCCCAUCAUAGUGUAUUUCAAGCACUUAGAUGCGUUGGCUGGUAGUAGAGGCAAUGAUGGAGGAGAUGAUGGGUCUGGAGGUAAUGCUGGUGGAGGUAGUAAAAAAAACAAUUUCAAUGUGAAGCUAGUGGAAAUGAUGAAUGAUUUCUUUGUUAAUAAUUCCAAGGUUAUGUUUGUUGCCUCUACCAAUGAGUUAGAUAAAAUAAGCAAUGAUUUGAGGAAUAUUUUCAGUUAUAAUAUCGAAGUUACGGUUCCGAGUGAAAUUGAACGUCAAGAAAUCUUCAAAUUUCUUCUAGAGAAUAGUAACAGAAAAGCCACCAGCUGCAACGAUAUCAUUUCUUCACUUAGAAAUAAAAAUUUUGACUAUCGUAUUGGGGAUCAAAUAUCUUUGAAGGAUCUAUCACUACAGUCAGCGGGGUUGAACCCAAUUGACCUUGCAGCAAUUGUGAAAAAUGCUAAAAACAUUGCUUUGGAUAGGCUCUAUACUUUUAAUAGUUCUCAAGAUUCAAAGACAAAUAUUAUGGAUUUAGUGUUAGGGAACCAAGGGUGCAUCACUUUGAAGCCUGAAGAUUUUGAAACCGCGAUAAAUAGUGCACGAAACACCUUUAGUGAAUCCAUCGGCGCUCCAAAAAUUCCAAAUGUCAAAUGGGAGGAUGUUGGUGGUUUAGACCUCGUUAAAGAUGAAAUUCUAGAUACUAUCGAAAUGCCAUUGAAGAAUCCAUAUCUAUUCAAUAACGGGUUGAAGAAAAGAUCUGGUAUAUUAUUUUAUGGUCCACCAGGGACUGGUAAAACAUUAUUGGCUAAAGCCAUCGCCACUAAUUUUUCAUUGAAUUUUUUUUCAGUGAAGGGUCCAGAAUUGUUGAACAUGUACAUUGGUGAAUCGGAAGCUAAUGUCCGUAAAGUCUUCCAAAAGGCAAGGGAUGCUAAGCCAUGUGUCGUUUUCUUUGAUGAGUUGGAUUCUGUGGCACCAAAAAGAGGCAACCAAGGUGAUUCCGGUGGGGUCAUGGAUAGAAUUGUUUCUCAAUUGUUAUCUGAGUUGGAUGGUAUGAGUGAUGGUGAUGAUGGCGAUGGAGUCUUUGUGGUUGGUGCCACCAAUAGGCCUGAUUUAUUAGAUGAAGCAUUAUUAAGACCAGGUAGAUUUGAUAAAAUGCUUUAUUUGGGUAUUGCUGACACACAUGAAAAGCAAUUGAACAUUUUGAAAGCAUUAACCCGGAAGUUUAUGCUUGAUAAAGACGUCGACUUGGAGAAAUUGGUCGAAGGAUUGCAAUUCAAUUAUACAGGUGCUGAUUUCUACGCAUUGUCUUCAGAUUCUAUGUUGAAUGCCAUGACACGAAAGGCGAAAGAAACUGAUAUUAAAGUUGAUAACUACAAUGCUUCUUUGCCAAAAAAUCAAAAGAAGAUCAACACCAGAUGGUGGUUUGAUAAUGUGGCGACAGAGGAGGAUAUAAAAGUUACAGUAAAACAAGAGGAUUUUGCCAAGGCGGCAGCUCAGUUCAUACCAAGUGUGUCUGCCGAAGAAUUACAGCAUUACCUUAGAGUAAGGAACAAUUUUGAAGGUGGAAAAACCAAGGCUAAAGGAAAUGUUGAUGGCGAAGCCUCCCAAAAUGGACACGCCUACUCCAGAGGUGACUUAAAGAUAGAUGUUAAAAAUAAGGUAAAUGGAUUUACCAGCAGUGAUAAAAAUGGGGGGUUGUAUGAUGGAAUAAAUCUCGGACUCUCAAGUACAACAUUUUCUGAUGAUGAUGAUACCGAUUUGUAUGGCGACGUUGCAGGUUCAUCUGAUACUUCUCAAGAAGGUGAUGACAAGGGAAAAUCAAAUUUAAGUUAA